CCUCGUAUAAACUACUCUCGACCCCCUUACCCCUGGACCCAGCUCUCACAGACCCUCUCAACCUCAGAGAAAACCCUAGCUAUGGCGGCUCCAAUCGAGUCGGUGCAGUGCUUCGGGCGCAAGAAGACGGCCGUCGCCGUUACGUACUGCAAGCGGGGCCGCGGCCUGAUCAAGAUCAACGGCGUCCCGAUCGAGCUCGUCGAGCCCGAGAUCCUCCGCUUCAAGGCCUACGAGCCCAUCCUCCUCCUCGGCCGCCACCGCUUCGCCGGCGUCGACAUGAGGAUCAGAGUCAAGGGCGGCGGUCACACCUCGCAGAUCUACGCCAUCCGACAGAGCAUCGCCAAGGCCUUGGUCGCUUUCUACCAGAAGUACGUGGACGAGCAGAGCAAGAAGGAGAUCAAGGACAUCUUGGUCAGGUACGAUAGGACUCUGCUUGUGGCUGAUCCUAGGAGGUGCGAGCCCAAGAAGUUCGGCGGUCGUGGUGCUCGCGCCAGGUUCCAGAAGAGUUACCGUUAAUGGAAAAUUCGAACCAGAUUUGGACAAGCGUUUCUCGUGCCUUACUGCUUUUAGUAUUAAGGAUUUGCAAACCUUGAGGUUUUACCUUAGUUUUGAUGCUUUUGCGCGUUAUGCGGAUAGAAUUUGUAGUGCAAUUUUGACUUUUGUCUGUAGGUUGAAUUGUUUUUGGUUGCAUACUUGCAUCGAGUGCUAUUACAUUUCCUACAUGCGCUCAAUGUGUUUGCAAACUUUAGUUUUGCUUU